GGAGAGCAGCACCUCCGCGGUGUGCGCCAUGAGUUAGGCUUAGCGUGAGCACAGCAAGAAGCUCGGAACUGACGUUCAGACAAGCCGCCGAUGCUUUUCCACUCAAUGUCACUCCACACGCGAUGUCCACGGCGGAUAGCCAGCACAGCCGCACACCGCAAUGUAUGGCGGCAGCGAGGUGUCCGGGACUAUGCCUCAGAUACGGCGAAUGACCCUGAGUGGUUCCAGCAAGUGCGCUCCGAACUAAUAAGUCGAAAGCCACACUAUCAAUGCGAAGAUCUCGACCUACUUCACCACGAGCAACUCUACACGACACUUGGGGGCUUUGUUCCACGGCUAAGCAAGCUAGACACUGAUCUCAAACCGAACAUCUCAUUGGCCGAACUCUUGACGCACUUCAACAUUCGAGUUCUAUCGUCCACACUCCUUCCUGAUGGCACUGAUCCUCUACACAGUCCAGGCGAGCCAUGGAUGCGACGCAUGUGGGCAGGUGGAGCUGUCAAGCUCAAUCCAGAUCUGAAGCUCAAAUCCGGAGCACCGUUUAGGCUGCUGCAAAAGGUCGCAUGUGUGGAGCGCAUCAAGGACGUUCGGUUACAAGGAACUGGCGAUGAGGCCAAGGUCUUCGUGACCGUUGAGCGACGCUUUGCCUUUGCCGACCAACUCAGAGAUGUUGCCAAGAGUCGACCUGAGGGCAAUGUACGAGCGCAGAUCUUCCAGCAAGCGGACACUGGCGAUGACUGGAGUGAUGCAUUGUUGAAGGAGGAGCGUAACCUGGUGUUCCUGAAGGCAAAGACAGCAGCUGAGCUCAUAGCCAUAUAUGCUGGUCAGACAGUUGUCCCAAGGUAUUUGAAGUCACCUGCGGAACCCGACUUCUCACACGUCUUGACGCCAACGCGCUCCCUCCUCUUCCGGUAUUCUGCUCUUACGUUCAACGCUCAUCUACUACACCUCGAUCCUACAUACGCUCGAAACGUCGAAGGCCAUCGUAACCUCCUCGUACAUGGACCGCUCACGCUCACUCUGAUGCUUCAGACUCUAAACACGCAUCUUCGGUCGUCGCGCAUUGGUACAAAGCUUGAACUGGUGGAUUCGGUCGAAUACCGCAAUCUUGCACCACUAUACUGCGACGAGGAAAUGCGCGUUUGCGUCAAGAACAAGAAGAGAACAGAGACAGGGAACUUAUGGGAUGUUUGGAUCGAGGGUCCUACGGGCGGCAUGGCUGUUAAAGCGGUCGUACGCACGGUUGAUCGAGGAAGGCAUGCUUCGCCCACCGAGCGUGCGGUGGAGGUGAAGACAGGCACAGAUCUGCCGGACGUUCAGACAGUCGCCCGUCAAGCUCAGGACAAACUUCACGCGCUUGAUCAAAAAGAUUCGGGCAUGGAGCAGUUAUCGCCCGUCUCACGGGAAGAACGUCGCAGACUCUGGAGAGACGAGCAACGCCAGUUUUCGCGCAAGGAGCGGAAAGAGUGGGCAGCACGACCUUUGUCCUACCUGUAUUCGGCGUCAUCUCCUCUCAUGGUCCGGAAUUCCUCACAAGCUCUGCAACUAGGACAAUCUCCAGCACUUGAUUCAAAAGAUUCGAGCAUGGGUCAAUUGUCGCAAGUCUCACGAGAAGAACGCCGCAAACUUGGGCGAGAGGUUCAGACAGAACGACCUCCAGCAUCCUCACCAAGCAAUACAAACCCACAAUCUCAACGGGCACAGAAAACUCUCCCCACACCCUCGCGAGAGCACGUCGAGUAUUCGAACAUAUGGCGUCGACGAUGGGUAGGGAAGGCUCUACCCUAUCUUUAUCUUUGGCAAACAUCUGCUCUUUACAACCGGGCGGUUGUAUCACGUCAGCCAGACUCAGCUCCGGCUCCCGCCCCAGCCUCUAGUGCGGCGUCAAAGCCAGAAGUUCUCCAUGCUCGCGCCGAAGCCAAGAACAAAAUCCAUACCGUCAUGAAUCCCAAAAACGGGCCGAAAAUCAGGGUCACAAAAUCGGACAGUCCCGAAACCAAGUUCCUCAAAGCCCUGCAGGCAAAGUCAUCAUCGACAUCCCCUUCCACUUCAGGCCAGGAUCCAGCCAUCAACGCAGCCACUUCCCCCGCGUCAAGCCCUCCAUCGUCGACUCUGAGCUUAGCUCAAAAGCAGCGAGCAAUCUUGCUUGCCAGCGCCCCGGUGCAAGUGCCCCAGAGCCGCACCGUGGAAACCACGGCACCGGCAGCCACCUCGGAUUGGGCCGUUAGCCUCCGUGAACGAUCCGCGUCCGAUCAAGAAGGAAACGAGGGCACUGCAUCCGAGCAGGCCACGGAAUCCACAUGCACAGACUUUACCGCCCUGGACUCAGCUGCCGAUAUACCUGGUUCCGCAGAUUCCGAAACUCGAGUCCGAAAGAUUGAGUCUGAUGGCCCUGAACACGUACUUCCUCUUGCGAGCAUGCACAAAGCGACGGGCUCUCAGGACAAGUCGCCGGCGGUACGCACACGAGAGGCGAAACAGAAGCAGCUUAACAUCAAGAAGGUGGAACAGCUCAAUGUGCGGAAGAUUGGCGUUGGCUUGGAGGAUGCGGCGAGGAGAGGAGGGAAGAGGACGGGGACAGAAACGCCGAAGCAGAUAGCGAAGGCGUUGAAGAGAGAUGUUUUGGCUGCGGAGAGGAGCGGGGAUGGAAAGGGAGGGCAAUGGAGAUAAGGGGGCUGAAAUAGAUGGUUGUUGGAGAUUGUGUUGUAUUAUAUGUAUGGCUAGGUGUUGGCGAAGCGUUGAGAGCGUAACCAGGCAUGAAACAUGUUUGUUAGGAUAGCGCAGCAGGGUCAUCGAAGUAUCGGUUGUAUAUCACGUUGUUCUCGGCCUU